UUGCUCCGCGGUGUCAUCCUGUCGAAAAAAUAUUCACGUUCCCGUCUGACUAUCUCGUGGGAGGAUGAAAGUUAUAAUGUGGAUUAAUUUCGGAAGACACGGUGCCAAGGUGCUCCGAUUGGUGCUUCGAGAGAAUUGUAAUAAUUGAUCUGUAUGCGAUACAUACGAUCUCGUCGUUCCUCGGAGAGUAGCGAGUUCGUCGGAGCAUAUUAUAGUGUUUUCGAUUGAGAUGAGGGGAUCCGAAAGGGUAAUAAGGAGGAGAUGCCCCUCCGGAGAUAUGCGAGAACCGGAAUCUCAUCUCCGAGGCGGGUAUUUGCAGGGGGUGCCUCGAAAGAAUAAAUUAUAAGGAUAACAAAAAUAGACUAUCCUCACACGUACCCUUCAAACCAAUCGCUUCGGUCUUGCGGCCAAUUCACAAAUACCGGACAGGUAUCUGAUAAUUUAUAAUUCACGGGAUGAUAAUUAGUCAAAAUGGAUUAACCGACGUCAUUCCAUCCCCGAGUAUUUCAAUCAUGCCAGUAGGAUGAAGUAUGGAAAUUCCUUCGUCCAUUUAGAACGGAGGUAUGCUAACAAUUCCACAAAUUGUUGAUAUUUCCUCCUCAAAUCCGAUUACGUAAUAAUUGCCAUGAACGCUAAUAACUCAAUAUCAUCUACGAAGAUCGUAACGGUGCAGACCAUGACAAUGAAAAAAACUAAAACUAAAAGUAAAAUGACAGAUAGUCGGCUUAUGGCAUGCAUUUGCGGCACAUAUCUAGGUAUAUGUAUGUAUAAUCUUUACGGUGCUCAUUAGCUCAUAGUUGGGUUUUUGAUCGAGACGACGUGAGAAACGUGACGCGCGAAAUGAAUAAUGAAUCGUUGUCGAUGUGUCUCCGCACGUCGAUAAAUUGUCACCUUGUUAUCCCAACGGGUGAUCAGUUUUGAUUCCAAGUAUCAGAUACUCCUAAUCGAAAGUCAUCGUCUUCCCUUCAUUGCGGAAUACCCGCGUGUGGAUAUUUUGAAAAGAUGUUACCGAGGCAUGUUCGCAUCCUGGUAUUUCUUCUGUUCUAUUCUCAAGAUCACAGAGUUGGGGGCACCAAAGAUAGCAGCUCGACGAACACGGGGAUGUCGGAUAGGCUGGAAAAUGUCACCCAGACGAUUUCCAGGAUCCUCGAAGGAUACGACAUCAGAUUGAGGCCCAACUUUGGCGGGGAGCCACUUCUGGUGGGGAUGGAUCUGACCAUCGCCAGUUUCGAUGCCAUAUCAGAAGUUAAUAUGGAUUACACGAUCACCAUGUACCUCAAUCAAUACUGGAAAGACGAAAGAUUGGCAUUUUCCAACGAAGAAGAAGUCCUGACGCUCAGCGGAGAUUUUGCCGAAAAGAUCUGGGUGCCCGACACCUUUUUUGCCAACGAUAAAAAUAGCUUUCUUCACGAUGUUACCGAGCGGAAUAAAUUGGUGCGAUUAUCCGGCGACGGUUCCGUUACCUACGGUAUGAGGUUCACGACGACCUUAGCCUGCAUGAUGGACCUUCAUUACUAUCCAUUGGACUCUCAGAAUUGCACCGUCGAGAUUGAAAGUUAUGGGUACACGGUCCUCGACGUCGUCAUGUACUGGAAAGAGACCCCCGUUCGGGGAGUCGAAGAAGCUGAACUACCCCAAUUCACGAUUAUCGGCUACGAGACAAACGACCGGAAGGAAAGAUUGGCUACUGGGAUCUACCAGCGAUUGUCCCUUAGUUUUAAACUACAAAGAAACAUCGGCUACUUCGUGUUUCAAACAUAUCUUCCCAGCAUUUUGAUUGUGAUGCUCAGCUGGGUCAGCUUUUGGAUAAAUCACGAGGCCACCAGCGCCAGAGUGGCUCUCGGUAUUACGACGGUCUUAACGAUGACGACGAUAUCUACGGGGGUCAGAAGUUCCCUGCCAAGAAUAAGUUACGUUAAGGCGAUCGACAUCUAUCUCGUUAUGUGUUUUGUAUUCGUAUUCGCCGCACUCCUCGAGUACGCCGCUGUUAACUACACCUACUGGGGAGCGAGGGCCAAAAAGAAGACCAAAAAAAAGGAUGGAACUGAAAAGAAAGCAGCUACCACACCAAAAAUUGGUGCAGGUAGUAAACCCGGCACCCCGUUCGCUGACGCGACCGACGCCGACAUAAUCGAGCUCCAGGAUUUGAGGAUGUCGCCGUUGCCGAGCAUUAGAAGCAGAUCGGGAAUUGGGGCUGGCUCAGGAAUCGCGGGGGUGGCAGUCAAGGAUCACGAUCCUGCCAAAUUUCCACCGAGUUUUAGAAUCUCACGGGCUGCUGGGUACACCACUCACUGCCGAACUAGUGGUCUUCGGUAUCGAGGGAACAGACAGCACAAGCCCAAGCAGGUGUUACAUGCAUUACGGAGGGGAGCUUCGGUGCUAAAAGCUUCUAUGCCAAAAAUAAAAGACGUUAACGUGAUCGACAAAUAUUCAAGAAUUAUAUUUCCGGUUAGUUUUCUUCUGUUCAACGCUGUGUACUGGAUUUUCUACGUCCUGUAGAAGAAAGCAAAAACAUAAGCCUGAGUUGAUCAGACUGCACGGUUAUCCCGCGGAAGUACAUCACACCUGGACCGAAGAUGGAUAUCGUCUCGAGAUGCAUCGUGUACCCCGACCACUUUCCGAAAGGAUACCGAUCACGACUACGGAAACGCAAUACCCAUCCAGCCCCGAACAACAACCGGAAACGAACGUAAACGAUCCACCCACUGUAGGAA